UAUGUCCUGCUCAUGCUGAACUGUUAUCAUGGCGGAUUACAGGGACAACGUGGUUUCUGGAAUCCUAACAUUUACUAAAGAAGAUGGAAAUUCUUCAUUGGAUUCGCAUAACAUGUUGACAGUAAUAGACCAUCACCAACUGUUUGGAAUUCAGAAAGCGUCCUACCUGCAGGACACUAUUGGCCACAUACACAGCUGUUUAAACACAGCAGCCAGCAGACAUGACGGCCUGGUGCUACUGGAGAGAAUGGUCGCACAGUGUUCUACAGAAGUAUUUACUGCAAACGUCAACACCUGGUUCAAGCUUCUGUUGCAAGUUUUACAGUCCCACGGUGAUGUGACAGAGAAGCAGCAAUCUUGUCAGAUCAUGGCGGAAAUGAUCGCCACAUCAAGCAGCUUCCCCGAGAUAACCCGUGAGAUAUCGGCAUCCAUCAUCCCCAAACUGCUGCCUCCACUCCUGGCAGCAACAUCUGCUUGGCUGGAGGCGGCAACUCGGUGCAUCGCUUCGUGUGUCUCCUACUUCCCCGGACCCUGCAGGGUGUUCAGAUUGAAGAUAGAGUCCAUGUUGCUGCGUCAGCUAGAUCGGCCGAGUCCCAGCAAUGCUGGCGUCCGGUGUCUGGCUCUCCUGGCUCGACUAGGACCCAGUCAGGGGGCCAGACAGAUUGAUGGAUGGACGGAGAUGUGUCAACGCCUCCUGUCUUCUCUCAAUCACUGCCUGUCCUGUCUCUAUCAGGGCCUGGAAACAGAUGAAGCACAGACGUCCGAGGACAGCAUCUUCUCCUCUGCCCCCGACACAGAGCCGGGUAGAAGUAGUGUCCUGACUGCCCAGUUCAAGACACUCGGAGUGUGUCUGCAGACACUGCUUGGUGAGAAGCACACGUCUUCCGUGAAGAUACCGGCCCAGGACAUACUUGGGGUUGUGUGCCGAUGUCUCGCAGUCAACUAUAGAAUGCUGUUGGCACGCCCCACAACAGACAGAAUCCGACUGUUCUCACAUCUGCCCGAGCUGCAUAAGUCCAGUCUCAAUGUUCUCACUGCUCUGAUUAUGAGCUGCCGGAUGCAGUUACUUCCCUUGAGUGACCUCAUCAACAAGCUGUUCCUACAGAGUCUAGCCUUUACCCACCUGGAUCGGGUGUACGCCCUGGACCAGCCGCUCAGCAUCCCGAGGGAGGCGACGUACAGCAGCAUGACCCAGUGGCUGAAGGUCGUCGGGGGGUCGUGUCACCUGGUGACGGAGGAGAAGGACCUCGUCAAGGAGAUCCUGCAUGACGUCACACCUGUCCCAGACACACUCAAGCUGAAAGGCAGCCAGAAGUGCAACAUGGACCCACCUCCGACCAAGAAGAAGAAGCGCACUGGCUACCAAGAGUUGAGUGAAGGCAUCAGCUCAUACAAGAAGAUCUCCCCCACCGCCAACAGCGACGUCACCAACAGCGCCUUGCAAGUGCUUCAUCUGUUUGUAUCCAGGUUUGGAGAUGUUUUGAAGGACAAGAAUUAUCAGGAUAUCAUAGACAGUGUGGUGAGCACUGUCCUAGUCAUCCAACAGAACGUCUUGGACGCGCCAGUUCCGUACGGCAGUGCCGAGUGUCGUAGGGGUCUGUACAGAACGUUGCUGGCGUGUAGCCUGCAGACUCAUCCCAAGGUUGCAUCCCCGUUACAAGUUAGUUUGAUGCUGUUUCGGACGGGGCUCCAGGAUCCCAGUAUAGAGGUGUCAUACAUGUGCCAGGAAGCCCUGACAGUGUGUGAGUGCCUGGUGCACCCCCGGGCCCCCUGUCUGCGGGGACCACGCCUCACACAGACCACCCUCACAGUACACCGCACCACAGUGGUUGAAGCCGACCUAAAUGGGAACAACAUAGCUACAGACAGUCCCCAAGUAUCCAACACACACAGCUCCGAUGUACACACAAACUCUGUAACCAGUUCAGUGACUGACACCCAUAGGUUAGAAUCGGUAUCCUCAGGUCAUAACACUGUUGAUAAUUCACUGCAUAGCGUGUUGUCAGAGUCAGUUCCUAAAGAUUUGAAUAUAUCCUCAUCUAGUCUGCAUUUGACAAACAGGACUGCUCCUGAAAGUCCUGAGAGUGUAGUAGACGAGGGAGUGACCAGCAGUGAUGGAGUGGAUGCUGUUGAUGAUGUUGAGAUGCUGGACAAGACGCAUGGUCACGAAACGAGUGAAGAUAUCGGCAGUGAAAAGUCUAUGACACAGGAACAGGGGAGAUCAGAGUUGGAGGUGGACAAAGAGUUAUCUGCCCCUGUGUCAGGGACAGAGAUGGUGGAAGAUGUGGAGAGUGGGGAGGGGAAGGUGCUGCCAUCGGCAUCAAUAGAGUCAUCCCAACAUGUCGGUUCAAGCGAUCAGGGGAUAAGGAGUAGUGAGGUCGACGCCAUGCUGUUGAGCUUUGUUGACGCUGGACCAGACUCGGACUAAUCGGUGUCAGCAAAUCAGUAAUAAAGAGAUCAAACUGUUCAAA